GACUCCUAGCUGGCCAGCGGGUGGCGGAGGCGGCGCCGACUGGGGCAGCUGAGGCGCGCGGGGGUCGUCGGCGCCCAGGAACCUGUAGCUUGUGCGGUUCGCUCGGUGCGGGCGGGAGGCCCGACGGCGGGAGGCAGCAUGUCGGUGGCGGGGCUGAAGAAGCAGUUCUACAAGGCGAGCCAGCUGGUCAGUGAGAAGGUUGGAGGGGCUGAAGGGACCAAGCUGGAUGAUGACUUCAAAGAGAUGGAGAAGAAGGUGGAUGUCACCAGCAAGGCCGUGACAGAAGUAUUGGCCAGAACCAUUGAGUACCUGCAGCCCAACCCAGCUUCACGGGCCAAGCUGACCAUGCUUAACACUGUGUCCAAGAUCCGGGGCCAGGUGAAAAGUCCUGGCUACCCACAGCCCGAGGGCCUCCUGGGCGAGUGCAUGAUCCGUCAUGGCAAGGAGCUGGGUGGCGAGUCCAACUUCGGAGAUGCCCUGCUGGAUGCCGGGGAGUCCAUGAAGCGCCUGGCAGAGGUUAAGGACUCCUUGGACAUAGAGGUCAAACAGAACUUCAUCGACCCUCUGCAGAGCCUAUGUGAGAAAGACCUGAAGGAGAUCCAGCACCACCUGAAGAAGCUGGAGGGCCGCCGCCUGGACUUCGACUAUAAGAAGAAGCGGCAGGGCCGCAUCCCUGAUGAAGAGCUACGUCAGGCCCUGGACAAGUUUGAGGAAUCCAAGGAGGUGGCGGAGACUAGCAUGCACAACCUCCUGGAGACUGACAUUGAGCAGGUGAGCCAGCUCUCAGCCCUGGUUGACGCCCAGCUGGAUUAUCAUCGACAGGCUGUGCAGAUCCUUGAUGAGCUGGCUGACAAGCUUAAGCGCAGGAUGCGAGAAGCUUCCUCACGCCCCAAGCGGGAAUACAAACCUAAGCCUCGGGAAUCCUUUGACCUUGGAGAGCCUGAGCAGUCCAAUGGGGGCUUCCCCUGUGCCACAGCCCCCAAGAUCACAGCAGCUUCAUCAUCUUUCCGAUCUUCUGACAAGCCCAUCCGGACCCCCAGCAGGACUAUGCCCCCCCUGGACCAGCCAAGCUGCAAGGCACUGUAUGACUUCGAGCCAGAGAAUGAUGGGGAGCUAGGCUUUCGUGAGGGUGAUGUCAUCACGCUGACCAACCAGAUCGACGAGAACUGGUACGAGGGAAUGCUGGACGGCCAGUCAGGCUUCUUCCCCCUCAGCUAUGUGGAGGUGCUGGUGCCCCUGCCUCAGUGACCUGCCAGCAUUCCUGCCCCAGCUGUUGACCAUCUGGCCUCCUGCAUUCCACUUGGUUGGGCCCUGUGGCCGGGGCAGCAUCUGAGCCUGGAGGGGCUACCCAGCCCCUGGGUACUUCCUGAGCAGGGCCCCAGCAUCUGGGUGGGGCCCAUUUACACCAGUGUUCACUCUAUUUGCUGGGGUGGUGGCUCCUUCCCUACUCUGUGGGGGUGAGUGGCCUCCUUCCUGCUCACACUAAGGUGCUCUCAGAAACACUAAUAGUCCUCCAGGGUGGACCCCUCCCCCACCUCCGUCCUGACUGCCCUGGGGCCUACCCUGCAGGCUUGCCCUCAGGUGUCUAUGGCCUAACCCCUGGCUGAGAUUCCCCAGCCUGUUUUUCCAAUGUUUCCCAGCCCGUUGCUGGCAAUGGGCCUCGGCCCCCACUCCAGGGUUCUCUAGGCCUUGUGGGGCCCAGGCUAACCCCCAGCCUUGCACAUUUGCUAUGUCCCCCUCAAAGUGAGGGGGAAGGGCCUCACCACUCCCUGGCCUGCUCUUAGUUUGCAGGUGGGGAUAGAGGCCAACAAGGUCCCCAGGGCCUACCCUGCCCAAGGACAUGUCUUCCCCCAGUGGCCUCAGUUUCUCUCCUAUCCCCACAAAGCCAAGUGUCUUUCCAGCUUUUUAAUUGCCCCCAGCAGAGCACGCAGAGGUGUGUUUCACGCUCUGGCACAAGCUGCCACCACCAGCUGCACCCACAUUCCUCCAACACACCUCAUAUAGGACCAUGCCCCCCCCCAGCCCCUCCCACCACACAUACCUUAGGUCAAGCACAAAGGCUCUGAUGACAGAAUGUUCUAGACUUCUGGCUGCUGGGCCCUUCCUAAGCCUGUGCCAUCCCCAGUAUCUCCUCUAGGCCAAGCCAGGCAGUCUUGGAUUCCCAAGACUGCCUGCCCCAGCAUCUACUUCCCCUGUGGCCUCACCUGAAAAUUGGCUGAAUAAACUGGGUGGGGGAAGACUUUUGGGGCUGGCCACACUCACAUUCCUCUGAGUCCCCAUUCUCACUAUGCCUUGGCCAAGAUGAGCAGUACAGUCUUGGCCAGGGUCUAGGGUAAAUCAAAAUGUACAUGUACUCAAUUUUUUUUAAAAAAAGUAUUAAAUGUCUCUUUCUACA